AUGGAGAAAAGACAGCAGUUUAAGGAUGCCUUUGCACCGCUUGAUGAAUUUUGUAAAGUGGUGGGUAGUUUUAUGGAAGAUAUAAAUUCUAAAAUGUGCCAGACCUUGGAGGGCUUACAAGCGUUAGAACGUUCUGUUAAUGAUUGUCAAAAAUCUGUUGAUGCUUUAAGGUAUGACUAUAUAAGGAGGGUUAAAUAUAUUUUAAAAAAGAACACUGAAUUUUUAUAUCAUCAUUCAUGUUUCAGCAUAUCGUUGAAAUGUCUAGUGUAAAACAGGGUCAUACCAACAAAUGUUGCCUUGUUACACCUGUGUUUGUAUCGACUGUUAGGAAAGCUUAUUAUAUGAAUAAUACAGAUUAUAUAUAUAAUGUAGUCUAUAACGGUGACAUGGCACACAAACACGAUUGUUUGAAUGUUGUUGUGCAAAAGCAGUUGUUUAUUGUGAUACCGCAUACGUGUUAUACCAGUUGGGGUCUAUUGAGACCGGGACGAUGUAUUUGUGUUCGCGGGUAAGAAAGAAAUAUUUUUUAAAAAAGGGUGUUUUGUUCAGAAAAUAAAUUUAUAUUUUUUAAUUUUAUAGACCCGCUGAUCCUGAUAAGACCUCUGACUAUAUCUUUGAAGUUCCAGAGGAUGAAUAUUUAAAGGCUGAAGAAAACCCCAAUGAAACGGUAGCUUUUUGUGAGCUUCGAAACGCAGCAAAACCCGAGAAAGAUCUCAAGAUAGUGAUUCUCGACCCAUCAAAGCUAUCAACGACCCAGUUGGAUAAACACGAAACGGUUAUCGAACCAACAAACAUAGUUGAGACGGACGGGGAAUGA